GUGUCCCCCCGCUGGGGUGAUCUGGCGCAGAGCGGAGGAGGCGCCUGCCCCUGCUGCCGCCCGCGCUCCCCCUCUGCUUGCGGCCUCGCGGAGGUCGGCCCCAUUCUCGCGGCCUGCAGUACGAUGUGGAUGACCCCCAAGAGGAGCAAGAUGGAAGUCGACGAGUCUCGGAUUUUCCGGCCCGAGUGGACCCAGCGCUACCUGGUGGUGGAGCCUCCGGAGGGCGAAGGGGCCCUGUGCCUGGUGUGCCGCCACCUCGUCGUGGCCACCCGCGAACGCGACGUGAGGCGCCACUACGAGGCCGAGCACGACUACUACGAGCGGUACGUGGCGGAGGGCGAGCGCGCGGCCCUGGUGGAGCGCCUGCAGCAGGGCGACGUGCCGGUGAUCGCCCCGCUCACCCCCGAGGAGAGAGCCGCGCGCGCGGGCCUGGGGCUCGCCCGCCUCUUGGCCUUGAAGGGUCGCGGCUGGGGGGAGGGGGACUUUGUGUUCCAGUGCAUGGAGGUGAUGCUCAGGGACGUGCUGCCCGAGCACGCGAGCGUUCUGGACGGCGUGGAUUUGUCUCCAGAGGUCACGCGGCAGAGGGUCCUCAACCUGAGCAAGGAUCUACGCAGCCAGCUGUUUAACCGAGCCAAGGACUUUAAAGCCUAUUCGCUUGCCUUGGACGACCAGGCCUUCGUGGCCUAUGAGAACUACCUCCUGGUCUUUGUCCGCGGCGUGGGCCACGACCUGGAGGUGCAGGAAGAGCUUCUGACCAUCAUCAACCUGACUCGUCACUUCAGCGUCGGGGCCCUGAUGGCGGCGAUCCUCGAGGCCCUGCAGACGGCGGGGCUCAGCCUGCAGCGAAUGGUCGGCCUGAGCACGACCCACACUCUGAGGAUGAUUGGUGAGAACUCGGGACUAGUGUCCUACAUGAGAGAGAAGGCUGUAAGCCCCAACUGUUGGAAUGUUAUCCAUUACUCGGGAUUUCUGCACUUGGAACUGUUGAGCUCGUACGAUGUAGACGUUAAUCAGAUCAUAAACACUAUAUCGGAAUGGAUCGUUUUGAUUAAGACCAGAGGCGUUAGGCGCCCCGAAUUUCAGGCCCUACUCACCGAAUCGGAAUCGGAGCAUGGCGAGAGGGUCAACGGACGAUGCCUGAACAAUUGGCUUCGAAGAGGGAAAACCUUAAAGCUAAUAUUUUCCCUGAGAAAAGAGAUAGAAGCCUUCUUGGUUUCGAUAGGGGCAACAACCGUCCAUUUCACAGACAAGCAGUGGCUUUGUGACUUUGGCUUCUUGGUGGACAUUAUGGACCAUCUUCGAGAACUCAGUGAACUCCUGCGAGUUAGUAGAGUCUUCGCUGCGGCUGCCUUUGACCAUAUCUGUACCUUUGAGGUCAAGCUGAGUUUACUGCAGAGACACAUGGAAGAGAAAAACCUAACACACUUUGCUGCCUUCAGAGAAGUGGUCGAUGAGCUUAAACAGCAUCUUAAAGACGAUCAAAAGAUAUUUGAUCCUGAUAGAUAUCAAGUGGUGAUCUGCCGCCUACAAAAAGAAUUCGAGAGACACUUCAAGGACCUCAGGUUCAUUAAAAAGGACUUAGAGCUUUUUGCAAAUCCUUUUAAUUUUAAGCCUGAAUAUGCACCCAUUUCAGUAAGAGUGGAGCUAACCAAACUUCAGGCAAAUACUAACCUCUGGAAUGAAUACAGAGUCAAAGACUUGGGGCAGUUCUAUGCCAGCUUGUCUGCCGAGUCUUACCCAAUCAUCAAAGGGGUCGCCUGUAAGGUGGCGUCCUUGUUUGAUAGCAAUGAAAUCUGCGAAAAGGCGUUUUCGUAUUUGACUCGAAAUCAACACACUUUGAGCCAGCCGCUGACAGACGAGCAUCUCCACGCCCUGUUUAGGAUCGCCACAACCGACCUAGAACCGCAUUGGGACCACCUUGUGAGAGGAAGAAAUGAGCCCAACCCAUAGGCCUUGGUAGUACAACAUUGAGACCCUCAGAGAGAAUCUAACUCUGAAAGCAAACGGUUGUCCGAUUUUUCAAGUUAACUAAUUUGGCUUGUGGCAAAGCACCAGGUUUAUUCAUCCAAAUUGACCAUGAUUCAGAUUCUUCUGACAGAUGUUUUUUGUGUUUUGUUUUUUUUUUUUUUUUUUUUCAUCUCAAGAGGCAGCAUGGGACUGAGACAUGCAGACACCUUUUUUUAAAAUUUAAUUGAAUGACAACGUCAUGGUCUUUUGCUUUUAUGACAUAAUUGUUUUUUAAAGAAAUUCAGUACUGAUAAUGUGAGUUGAAUUAGAAGUCUGUUUUUCUGGUGUUUUGAAGACAUUUUAGCUCUUAUUUUUAACAGUGUUAAAAUUUCGAUGCAUAUGGUCUGAAGUUAUCAACUCCAUAAGUGUACGUUUGAGCCAGUUUGCAGAAACUCAUAGCAGGUUCAGAAGUUUCUGUAAAGGAAGGACGUACGUACAGUGGAGGUAUUUUGUCUAACUAUCAAAAUGUUUGAGACUAUUUUUUUUAAACAUUUUUCUGAGUCUGAAGUAAAUAUUGACAGAUUUCCUCCUCAACUCCCCCCGCCCCCACCAGCCCUAGCAAUGAUAUUACUAAUAGAGGGAAAUAAUCAAAUAAAAUUUUAGGCAGAGGAGUAAGAAUUAUUUUUAAGUUGCUGGUUUAGGAGGCUUCCUGCAUUUUGGAGAUCAGACUAACCAGUUAUUGGGGAUUUCCCCUGAAAUUUUCACACUUGGGUGCUGUUUUAUCAGCUUGCCUAUUCCAGGACUACGAUGAUUUCUGGCUCCUCUGGGAUUUAAAAGUAACGGGGGCUUUGGGGAUUCGUGGAAGAACUCUAACCACAGCCUGUUUCCUUGAGCCCUUGUGACGUAAGGGAUUAACCACUGCCCCACUUAGUUGGACUUGUAGUCUGUGGCACAUUAACUCAUCCAGAGAUCUUAACAGUAGUUGUGACGGUCAGCCCGUGAUCCUUGCUCCCACGGUGGGUUUUAAUGGGUUUCUUUAAUCUUAUGGACUAAAGAAUUCCUCAUUUUUAUCUUUUUGUAAAUUGAGAAGUAAGUACUUGAAUCUGUGAACUCUACCCCUUGCAUUUCUGCUUGCAGCUUGAUGGAUUCUGAGUUCAUCUCUUUCUUGUACAUGUUGUCAGAUGUGGCCAACAGCAAACCAUAAAGCUUCCUUCCUUCCUUCCUUCCUUCCUUCCUUCCUUCCUUCCUUCCUUCCUUCCUUCCUUCCUUCCUUCCUUCCUCUCUUUCUCUUCUCUCUUUUCUCUCUUUCCUUCUGCCCCCUUUCAGUAAAAGAUAGGUUCUGUGCCUCCCAGGCUUUCCCAAGAGACAGUUUUACCACUCCAUAACAGGAAUUGCCCCUACAUAAGUUAUUUCUUCCCCCCGCCAGUAGCAAUUUCCUGAAUGCCUCCCGGCAAAGCCAGUGUGUGGUACGCUAAGGUCUUUAAAAACUGGAGCCACUUUCUGUGUCAGGACGGGCAGCACUGUCCUACAGUCACAACCACAAAAUCUCAGUGCCUCACGUAAUGUCUUCUUGCAACUUGACUUGGGACUUUGCUCUAGGUCGGGGGUCCACAGCCUGCGGUCCACAGGCAAAAUCCGUCCUGUUGCCCAUCGCUGUAAAUAAAGUUUCAUUGGAAGACAGCCUUGCCCAUGUAUUAUUGUCUGUGGCUGCUUUUGCUCAACCGUGGCAGAAUUGAAUAGCCGUGACAAAGAAUGUGUAGCCCACUGAGUCUAAAAUCCUGUGUGACCCGCAUGGAGAAUGCUCACUGGACCCUCCUCGAGUCUCACUCUGGGAUGCAGGUUGACCAGGCAGAUAGCAUCUAGGGCGUGGCUGCUCAUUUUGGGAAAGGAGAAAAAUACAGCAAAUCACUUACAGGCCCUUAAAGCGCUUUCACUGACCAACACCAAUCCCAUGGCCACAGCCAAGUUCAAGGAAUAGUGUAAUUCUUCCAUGUGCCUCGUAGGAAGACCGAAAAUAUUUGGAAGACAACACUAGAUUAACACAUGGUUAUGUCUCUCCAUUGCUAUAAUUUCCUUAGAAAUAUUUUUUAGUGAGGCAAAACAGUAAAGGGUGGAAAUAUUAAGUGUAUGCCUCAGUGGAUUUUUAUACAUGCCCUUGAGCCCAUCGCCCAGAUCAAGAUACUGAACAUUUCUAGCAACCCCCGCAGAUGCCCUUAUGUCCCUCCCGCACACAGAUAAACACGAUCCUGACCUUGGUCACCAUACAUUACCUUUGUCUUUUUAAAGCUUCAUGUAAAUGUAACAAUUAUAUGUACUCUUGUGUCUUGUUCAGUACUAUGUGACUCAUCCAUGUUGCAUGUGCAGUAUUCCAUUGUACGCCUGUACCACGAUUUAUAAAUCCAUUCUACUGUUGAUGGAAAUUUUGGUUGUUUCCAGUUUGUGGUUACUAUGAAUAAAGUCGCUAUAAACAUUA